CUCAAUUUUCGCUCAAUCGACGGUUUAGAGGCUAGACCAGUUCUUGCCUUCUCUCCUCCCCUCCUCCGGCAAUGCCCUUGUCGCGUCCAAGCUCUGUCCUCUUUCUGGCCCGCGUCAGCCCCGCCGUCGAGUAAAUCUUGCCCGCCCUACGUCACCACUUUUCGCCGUUCCCGGUGCCCGGAUCCCAGCGCGAGGCGACAGGCUUGAAGAGGCUUGACUGACGCUGUGCGACAAUCUUUUACAGGGCCUCAAGAGGCUCUUGACAUUGCCCAUCAUGUCGCCUUCACGAGCCACGCCCGUGAUAAGAGCUACCGCAGCCAGUCGAACCACCUCGUCAGGCUCGUUCCACGCCGGCGCACCGAUUCCUACACUCAGCGCAAUGCGACGACAGUCUCAUCGCUACCAGACCUUUCCCACGACGCCACCAAAGACGCCCCUCGAGCAGCCAUCUCCCCCGUCCGACGCGAGUUCUACCGCCUCCGAAGACGAUAACGAUGAGACGCCAUUGCCUGUUCGGCAGCUGCUUCUGCUAGCGUUCCUGUCCCUGGCCGAGCAGACCGCCCUGAACUCGAUAUCUCCAUACCUCCCCGACAUGGUGGUGUCCAUGCCAGGGAUCCCUCCUGCCGAGGCCGGCUUGUAUGUCGGGAUUCUGGCCAGCGCAUUCGCAUUGGCUCAGCUGUCAACAAAUUUCCUCUGGGGAUACGCAUCAGACGUGAUUGGGAGGAAGCCUGUCCUGAUCAUGGGCACCUUUGCCCUCAUGUGCUGCUUCUGCGUCUUUGGACUCUGCAAGCAGUACUGGCAGAUUGUGGUGGUCCAUGUCGCCAUGGGAUUGUUGAAUGGCAAUGCCGCCUGCGUCCCGACGGUUUUGGGCGAGGUCACCGAUCGAUCCAACCAGAGCCGAGCCUUUACCUACUUGCCCGUUAUAUAUUCUCUGGGUAGUAUCACUGGGCCUGCCUUGGGUGGCAUUCUUGUCGGCAAGGUAGGAAACGAGUUUCCAUAUCUAGCGCCCAAUAUUCUUGCGGCUGCGCUGCUUGCGUGCAGCGUCGUCGUGGUAGGAAUCUGGUUCGAGGAAACUCUUGACAAGUCACAGGUCAACUUCGAGCUGCCAGCUUGGGUACAGAAGGUCUUAUCAUGGCUCCCCUCUCAAAAGCCGCCGCCACGACGUCACUCUUGGAGCGCACGAUGGCCUCGUGCGCGAUCGCAUACCCAACCGCUGUUGUCCUCUGGCGACUCUGAUGACUCGGACGAUGAAGCAGAAGAUGACGACGACGAAGACACCAAGCUAGAUCCCGCGAGAUCUACGUGGAAAGAGCUUACAGGCACCACCAUCCUUGUCUUGUGCACAUAUCUCGUCUUUCAACUCUCCAACAUCUCCUUUAACAGCUUGUACCCCAUAUUUGCUGCCACUCCCCCACCAGCUGGUCGCGAUCUUCUCCCCAGCAAGAUUGGCGUCAGCCUAAGUGUCGCUGGGCUGGCCAGCAUCAUCUUCCAAGCCUUCCUCUUCCAGCCAUUUAAGACCAGGGUGGGGAAUCUUGGUACAUAUCAGUUUGCCCUCUUGGGUCUCGGCAUCAGCAUGGUAUUGAUGCCGUGGGUUGGUUACGCCGACGACAAGCCGCUGUUUGGCGUUGGAUCUGGGAAGCUGUGGCUUUACCUGGAGCUUGGGGUGGUGUUGAUCCUCAAGAACCUCUGUGCUGUGGGUGGCCUAUCGAGCGUCAUGCUCUUGAUUACCAACUCUGCCCCAUCACACGCGAGUCUCGGGAGCCUGAACGGUCUGGCGCAGACCCUUUCCGCCCUGGGUCGCAGCAUUGGGCCCUUUGUGUCUGGUGCCCUGUUCACGCUGUCAACCCGCAUCCAUCCCAAAGGCGAGGCACUGGCAUGGAGUUUGUUUGGCGGCCUGGCCAUCUGCGGUUGGAUCGCUUCCUUGUUCAUCCAUGGCGCUGGCCUCGAGAGCGACGAUUGGGUAGGCUCCGAGGAUGCUUCUACCGAGGCAGAGUCAGCUUGAUUGCCCUGACGGUAGCCUCUCCCUCCAGCUGAGUCGGCAUCUUGGAUAGAUUAUUUACAUUUGGCACGAUAUACAUGGGCGGGUAAAUUCUUUUGGGGUCGAGAAAAUGCCCAGGCGUAAAGAGAUGGAGAGUAUAUGAGGGGUGGUGUCAGGAUAAAGAAGCGACGCGUGAAAGCGGCUUCAUCAAGGCAAUGCCACUCAAUGAUAGACGCUGUUAUGAUACAGGUGAUCAAUAUAUACACAGGCUACUGAUUUGCGUAUCU